AUGGCCGCCUUCAACCCCGAUGCGCCUGCCAUGGCGAGUCCUUCGACAUCUGGUCCCGUCGCUCCUCUUAGACAUUCCCGCUCGAGGACGCAGAGCGUGUCCAGCGACCGACCCUCGACGAUCGCCCACAGCCUCAUGUCCGCGCCCCUUUCUGUCUCCCCAGAGGCGGCCUUUGUGGCGGCCUCUGCAGCGUCGCAAAUUGUCACGAACGACCACGACGCCCACUCGGAAACCUGGUAUGAUCAGGUCGGCAUCGAACCCUCGGGCGAGACCGCUCUCGUGUCGACGGGUGCCCUUCAGCUCGCCAACAAUUUCAUCGACCACAUUCUCUUCAACAUCAUCGCCACCGCAAAAUCAACAAGGCUGUCCGACUUGCGCAAUGCCGUUGGCGAGGUCCUGAAACCCAAAUUGGCUCAAGAUGCCAUUAACAAUGCCGACGAGGAGCUGAGAGAGUACCUAGGCGGAGGCGACAUUGAGGAUCUCGAGCCCCCGGCACCUUCGGCCUCGCCUCGUGACUGGGAUCUCGAGCUCGCAUGGAAGCGGACACGGCUGCGAUGCAUGGUUUAUUCGUCGCUAGGUGACAUGGAGGAGGAAGAUGAGGACUACUACAUGGAACAGGAACAUCUCCGUGCGGAUGGCGAUGAUAUUUUGUCAGAAACAGUCUCGCCAGCCGUUGCGAUUUUCCUCACGUCCAUAUUGGAAUUCAUGGGCGAGCAGGUGCUCGUAGUCUCGGGGCAAGCCGCUUUCAAUCGCCUACGCCUCAAGUAUGAGAAAGAGCUGCGGGACGGCUCUCGCUCGCCCGGCGAGGUUGCCGACCGUAUCAUUGUUGACGAGCUCGACAUGGAGCGUGUCGCAUUGGAUCGCACCUUCGGUAGGCUCUGGCGCGCCUGGAAGAAGAGAAUAAGGUCGCCCACCGAUCAGAACUUUUCGCGGCCGUUCUCCCGCAGUUCUUUUGGGAUGUCGCAUGCCAGACAAGACAGCAGUGCAACAGACAACUUGACGUCUGCAGCACUUGCGAGUGCCGAGGCAGCUCUGGUCUCCGCAGAGGUGGACAAGACCACUACAGGAGGUGCUGAUGAAGCCACACAUGACGUAGUCGAGCCUACCGACAUUGCUCUUCCGCUUUCUCCCCGGGACGUCGACGAAAUUGAGGUGCCUGGACUCGUCUGCUACAGUGACGAUGACCUGAGCGAUGAUGAAGAAUACGAAUUCAUCCAGACUCCACGACCUGCCAGCAUGAUCAUCUGGCCAGCAAGACACCGGGAAUACCAGAAUGAGGACCAAGCGACAAGCAACGAUAUUCCACCAAAAGUCAACAAGAAGCCGCAGUCUGAACUGGACGAGCCUGAAAGUGGCGAAGUUUCUUCAAGGGCGAAGCUUGCGCACUCCACGAUUCCCGACGACACUGAGGAGACUGAAAGGGACCCUAGCGAAUCCAAAGAUGUCGCAGACGGCUCCGAAUCAAUUUUGGACAAUGCGACGCUCGAGGGCGAGGCGACCGACCAGCCGGCCCUGCUUGUCCCCACCGUCGACAAAUCGGAAAGGUCCCCUCAAAGCCGGCCACGGGCAAGGUCGCAGCCGGGGGCUUCACGUCGUCGUCGCAUCUCGCCGGUCAGAGUCCCUGCUGCAAGUACUUUGGAGUCGCAAGAGCGCGAGGUGCAUGCUAGCAGCGAAGACCAUCAGGAACCAGCUGUGGUGGAAGAUUCUGCUGCCGCCAGCGUUGUGACAGGAGAUGGCCCAAGCGACAGCCACGUGUCUGCCGGCAAAGCCCUUGAGGCCGCCUCCGUGGGAGCUGCUAUCGGAGGUGCUGUUGCCGCCGGCAAUGCGGUAAAUUCUAGCACUGCCGAAUCCACGCGCUCUGGCACGGAACUGGCCGAUGAACUCGACGAAGAGCCGCAAAUCAUGACAUCGUCGCGCAUUUCAGUCUAUGGCGCCCCUGAGGGCGUCAUGCCCUCACCUGGUAUCCCAGUGCGAAGCAAUAGUAUUCGUUCCGCGCGUAUUAUUGAUGUCCCGUCGCGGAGCCCGACUACUAGGUCGCGAAACAGCUCCGUCGACACGGUGGAGAGGAGCGCCUCGCGCGGCCCGCCUGUUACCGCCGCAGCAGCUUCAAUCAGAAGCCCACGUAUGCCCACGCCACCGAUCGCAGAGGAGCCCACAACGAGAUACGAGAACGGGACUUCUGCUGUGGCUGAUAGUCACGAUGUUACUCUACUGGCAGCGCCGCCCAAGAGAAGCCGACCGCCCAUGAGCUCAGGCCCACAGUCGUCCGGAUCGCACCCCCCGCCGAUCAAGUCAACAAUGUCCAGUCCACUGGCUGCGGACCAAGAUGCUAGGUCGGCAAACUCGCCGCACAUGAGGAAAUCACCGCUGCCAACGCUUCCAGAGCGGAACGCGAGCCGACCAAACUACCAAGCGCAAACAGCAAAGGGGUCACCCGAGUCGCCGAAGGUGCCUCGCCAGGUCACGACCGAGUCUCCCCCAUCGGCCUCUUCCAAAUUUCGUGCGGUCCGGAGCGCAGAGGAGAGCAGUGCCAGCAACAACGCUGCGCCUGCGCGGGCGCAAGAUGUGGCACGUAACUUUGAGGAGCUCAUCCACAGCGACCAGACGCUACAAUACACCCUGACACCUGAGAAUAUGCGGGACAUUAGUGCCUCAAGCACAGAGAACAGUAUCGGCGUGGGUUCCAAAGGACGCCGCAGCGACGAAGCCAAGCUUGUUGAGCGGUCCAGGUCCUCCUCCAUCCAGAGGUCGAUGUCUGUGACAAAGCCCAGCGGUCUGAAUUCGCACCCUGUGACCGAGCCUGGCUCUGCAGGGAAGCUUAAUGGUCCGGUGCCAAGAUCUGGGCAGUACUCGCCUACGAAAACUCGAUCGAGCGCAUCUGCUCAGCAAGCCCGUGACGCUAGGGUUCCGCGGGAAUCGCUGCAGGACUUUGCUGCUUUCAUUCGAUCUACUGGCCCCCCCGGCGAGCCCGCGGCUCCCCAACGUGUUGGCACGGGAGGCAGUGGUAAUGGCUACCGUCAAUCCAGUGGGCCUGUAACGACAUCGAGGGAGGCCAGCCAUGGCCGCACUGAGUCCGCGAACCGCAUUCGGCAAACAGCACGAGAUGCUACAGUAUCCGAGGGCGACAGCGCCGAGCUUGCCGAUUUCCUUCGCAGGGGACCACCAGGUGCUACUGGAAGCGGCGCUCGGGUACAACGACAAGGCGUCACACCGCGAUCUGCGCCUGAUUAUGAUAAUCACUCGAACGCACCUGUCCGCAACAGCCAAGCAUCCACCACCAUCACUGAGGCAUCUGCGCCGUCAUCGCUCAACUCGUCCACGGCCCUACUAGGGAGGAACAAGCCUGCCCAGUAUUCCAACAACUUUGACGAUGGCGACAUGAUGCCACAAAGGAAGCAGCGGCGUGUGCGGGAUCCGUAUGCAAUCGAUUUCAGCGAUGAGGAGGAUGAUGACGAACUCUUCGACGAGACCCCGAAGCCCAAGGCUAAGCCCAAGCAAGAGGAGAGCCUGAUUGAUUUCCUCAAGAACUACGAGCCACCACCAGAGCCUGUCUCGGCUCCAGUGGUUCCUCCCACGCUUCCCAAGAAGCGGUCUGCUAGCAACCUGAUGGCGCGCCUGAGGUCCAAUGGACACUCUAGCUCGAACUCCAUUUCGAGCAAGCAGUCUGGCAAGCCUUCGACAGAGCCGCGGGCUACCAAUACUGCCGCUCCGACCGUGAACAGGGGCUACACGCCAAUCACGGUCAACAUCCCGCCGGACUCUGACAAGCUCGGCAGCUUCUUUGACACACCAGCGCCGCGGGCCCCCCAGUCUUCGGGCCGCGUGCCGAUGAAGAGGUUUGAGCCCCGCGAUGCGGUUUCUGCGAGCUCGAGGACCAGCGAUCUCGCUGCCUUCCUGCGCGACUCGGAGCCGCCCCCGGCCAAUCUGGCCAUGCAGAGACCGGGGCCGCCUGAACCGCAGCAGAGCAGCAGCAGUGGCCUAUCGCGCGUGUUCGACAGGCGGAAGAAGACGUCGGGCUUCUGA